AUGGUACAGGAAGAAGAACAACGUCGUCGUCUUCCUAGAGAAGAAGAUAGCGAGAAGAUUUUCUUCUAUCUUUUCCCGAGGAAGAAGAGGUCGUCUUUGGUGAAGAGAAGAUACACACAACAAAAACCUAAUGGGGUUUCUAUGAUGGCUUCGUCUUCAUCGCUCGAUGAUGAUGACGAGACGAAAAGCACACAAAACCCUAGUUUUUUAGAUGAGCCUGUGGUGUCUGAUGCAGAGCUACUACGUGCAAAGAAGGGGAAAUCUAAGAUUGUCUGUGAAGAUUACGACUACCGCCAAGAGAGUGAUGAGGCGACGACAAGCGGCAAGAGGCGUGCCGUGGAGCAGAGGAAGAGUGGUAAUUUCAAGAAAGAAAAGGUUGCUUCUUCCCCAAGGAGGACGGAUACAGAUGCACCGGAGUGGAUUUUUCAGGUGAUGAGAAGAAUGAGAGAUAAUGCCGCAAACCCGUUGCUGAUCUUUAAGAGGGGUCUAACACCGACUGAUGUGAAUUCAGCCCAGUGCCGUCUCUUAAUCCCAUGCCAGCAGCUAAUCAGAAACGACUUCUUGACGCCGAGGGAGUCUCGAGCCAUAAAUAAAGAGGAAUACAUCGAAAACGACGAUGAUACUAUCGGUGUGGGAACAAUUCUUGUGAACCAAAGAUGUGAAAAGUGGGGUUUGCGUUUCAAGCUAUGGCCGAUGGAGAAGGAAACUGGAGUUGGAACCUUGAAUUACGCUUUGAACUGGGCGUGGAACGAUGUCGUCAAGGGUAACAACUUAAAAGCCGAGGACAAGAUCAGUCUUUGGACUUUCAGGUGGCGUGGAGUACUCUGCUUUGCUCUUGAGACAUACUAA